CAAGAACUAUAACUCUAGUAAUGCUAAUUCAAGGGCAAUAACUCCACACUUCCUGGUCUUGGAGCGUGCGCGAUAAGCUCUUCCUUUUAUAUUCAACUGUUCCCUGAGUCGGUCACAAAAAAUCAACUAGAGAAAGAAUCAAGUUUUAUCGUUUUAAUCGGCGAGUUUUAUUACUUUAUACCGGCAUAUUAUUUCAAUAUCAUGCUGAGAGUAAGGAACCAAAGGGCAUCUAAGGCGAGAAGCCCAUACGCAGCCGUGCCAAAUGGAGCAAAUACAGUUGCCUCGAAUAGUGUAUUGGCACGAGGUCGUCGCGGAAAUCGUCGAGGAGGUCAAGUGAGACGGCCCGUUGCAAACAGCUCCAAUAUUAAUGCUCCUCCGACACAAGCGACUCCUCCAACACCCGCGGCUCCGACGACACCAGCGACACAGUCGUCAACUGAAGCAGGUCAGGGAAUGUCACGGAGCGGGAUGAUUGGGAUGAUUCCUCACAACAUGCCGCCCAUAGUUAACCCCACCCCUGACGCACCAAGUGCCUUGUCGUCACAUGUUCCCACCAACAUGAAUCAAGCGUCAUGGCCAUGAAGAAUAGAAGAAAGAUGUGCUGGAAAGUGAAUAUGGACAAGGAAAGGUUUUGCAGGUCAUCUGUAUUCAAGGACUCGGCAACAAAGUGCAUAAUUUUGAUUAGAAUACUGUCUCCGUGGGGCACUGUUUUUUCCAGGCUCCUCGGGUCAAGAGAGUAUUUCUAAUAUUGUAUAUUACAUAUAUAUAUUUGAUAUAUGCUGCCAUAUUGUUUGAACAGCGCAUGUCGAGUUCAAUGUACAUGUAUGAAAUCUAUCUGAUGUACAUGUACUAUAUAUCUGACUGAUAUCUAUCUGAUAUUCAUGUACUUAUCUAAUUUUUGCACAUUUGAUUAAACGGCCAUGACAACUACGCCAAACAAACAAAAGUCUAUUUAGUUUUGUAUAUACAUCAGGGUAAAUAUCUGAAUCAUAAUUGUCUGUUGUUUUGAUAUUGGUAUUAGCUAGA